GAGAAGAUCCGUAUAGUUGUGAAUGUCAUUACGGUUGUGAUCAUAGUACAAAGUAGUAUUGGCGAUCAUGGGAAAAUAUUUUUUUGAAUUGUUUUUUCUUGUUUCCGUUUUGGGAUACGCUGUUUGUUACGUAUCCAAAACAGGUAAAUCAUAUGACACUAUAAUCGUUGGCCUUGGAUCUGCUGGUACUACAGCUGCGUCCACUUUGGCCAAAGCUGGUAGAACGGUUCUUGCUUUGGAAGCCCAGGACAGAAUCGGUGGAAGGGUGUGGACCGUGCCUUUUGGUGAUGGAAUCGUGGAGCUUGGAGCUGAAUGGAUCCAUGGCACAGAACACAGUCGGGUGUACGAGACGGCCGUAAAGAAUAACAUUUCUGUGUUUGCCCAAGACACAUCUUUUAAAGUAUACAACUCCGAUGGCACUGAGGGUAACAAGAUGUUAAUUGAAGAACUUUUGACAUAUUUACUUGAGGCUUCAGAUCACCCACCCGAAAAGCCGGAGCAGCUUGGAAAAUUCUUGACCAAAAAAUUGAUGGAAUAUCUAAAAGAAAAGCAUCCAGAAGUCCUCAAUGACCAGGAUUUCAUCAGCGAGUUCAUUGACUUAACGAACUUUAUCAUCAAUAGUUACCAGGCUUCCAACGACUGGAACGAUGUCACUGCCCAAUCGGAUUACGAGCAGCUUGAAGGAAACCAGCAUAUGAGCUGGCAUCGGUAUGGUUUCAAGACCUUUUUCGAGCUGUUAUUGAAUACAUACAAGAAUGGAACGGGCUGGCCAACAUUGGAAAUUAAGCUAAAUAAAGAAGUAACAUUAAUAAAUUGGCCGAAAAAUUCUACGGGCAAUGUGGAAGUAGUGUGCAAAGAUGGUUCCGUAUACUCGGCUGAUAAUGUGAUUGUGACUGUAUCUCUGGGAGUGCUAAAAGAAAGGUAUUCAACCCUGUUCUCACCACCAAUUCCUGCUAGCAAAGCAACAGUUAUAGACAAGUUAUCAAUCGGAGUUGUUGGGAAAACCAUCUUUUCAUUCGAGCAAGCCUGGUGGCCUGAUGUUAAUGGAUUUAUUUUCUUUUGGUCUCCCAUGGAUAAGCAGGAAUGCAAAGAUGAUCCGUGGUUGGUUCAAAUUAAAGACGUGGCCCGACCAAUGGGAUCCAGCAACACAUUGUACGUCUGGACCAAUGGGGACACGGCUAAAUUGAUUGAAACAUUACCAGAAGAUGUCGUGAAGAGCAAAAUGAUGGAAACUAUCAAAAAGUUUAUGGGAAAAAAUGUGACUGUACCAGAACCAACCGCCAUGAUCAGAUCGAACUGGUACUCCAAUCCAUUCACACGUGGCAGUUACACAUAUGACAACCUCCUAAAGCAUGAGUAUCCAAACGCACGUGCGAUAUUAGGGGAACCCUUACUUGACGCAACAGGAAGUCCCAAAGUGCUGUUCGCGGGCGAGGCGACUGAUUUAGUUCAUUUCUCUACCGUCCACGGCGCUAGUGAAUCGGGUUUUAGAGAAGCUUCGAGAUUAUUGCCUAUGAGCAUACUAUAAAAUAACAAACAAAUGAUUUUUCCAAUAUAUUUUUUUAGAUGUUCUAUUUCACGAAGACCGUUAGGCUAUGUCUGUUGAGUGCGCACGUCAUGUGCGCGUACACAUUGUUAUAGUGAGCGGGGCACUCGAUCGAAAUCUAUAGAGCCCACUUUGGCUUUGGUUAGACUUAGGUUCAGUCAAAACGAGACAGAUUUACUCCAGCGGUAUAACGCUGUCUCAUUUUAACAGUCUGAGCUGUCUUCGUGAAAUAGAAUACCUAUACAAGGAAACCUGUCCCACAUGAUUUUUAAUUGUGAAACUUUUGGCUUAAAUAAAAUGGCACAGAAAUGGUAUA